CCCUCGCGUCUCUUCCGGUGCUGUGCGUCACUUCCGGUAUAACUUUUUAACAAGGAAUAGUAGAAAUCUGGCCGAACACCGGAAGAGGCCUGCAUCGCAUCGCUGGCGUGGAGGAUAAAACACAACAUCAGCUCUGCCGAGCCCCCGGCCAAAGUGUUGAAGUGGUCUCCGAGAUCCCCAAGGGCCAAGCCAAGUAACUGAUCAUCCUUCCCAAUUGAAUUGUAACUGCGAGAUGAUUUGCGUUCUGCCAGGCCUGUAUGUUGGCAGUGCCAGUGAUGCCAGCGAUGUCCAGUCCUUGCAUGCUGCUGACAUUACUCACAUAUUAACCGUAGACAGCACAGAGCCAAAGGACCUGCAUCUCUCAUUCCAGAAGACAUUUAUUCAUCUUUUGGAUGAUUACAGUGCGGACUUGCUGAGCUGUUUACCUAAGUGUUUACAGUUUUUAAAAGACGCUCUUGAAAAGCCGGGAUCCUGUGUUCUAGUGCACUGCCAUGCUGGAGUUAGCCGAAGUGCCGCGGUGAUAGCGGCAUACAUGAUGAACACCACAAAAUGUACAUUUGAAGAGGCGUACCAGAGGCUUCAAGAUAAAAAAACUGAUAUUAAAAUCCAUGAGGAGUUUGUUAACCAGCUGGCAGUAUUUGAAGAAAUGGGUUGCGAUGUGGAUAUCAGCAGCGCAAGCUACAAACAGUAUCGCUUACAGAAGCUGACACAGAAAUAUCCAGAAUUACAGAAAAUGCCACGUGACGUAUUUGCCUCAGAUCCUGCCUCUUUGGGUAAAAGUGAAGAUAUCAUAUUCCGAUGCAGAAAAUGCAGUCGUUCCUUGUUCAGAGCAGGAAGUAUCUUGAAUCAUGCAUUAGGUGAUGGACCUGCAACAUUUCUUCAUAAAAGAAUGACCCCAUUACAAGUUUCAGACCCUACAAAGUGCACUUCUUUUUUUGUGGAGCCAGUGCAGUGGAUGGAGAAUGCUCUUUUGGGAGUACUGGAUGGACAGCUUCUCUGUCCCAAGUGUAAAGCCAAACUGGGUUCCUUCAACUGGUAUGGAGAUCAGUGUUCAUGUGGUCGAUGGGUCACUCCUGCAUUCCAAGUGCAUAAGAAUAAGGUGGAUGAAGUGAAGCCUUUGUCAAUCCACAGAAGAUGAGAAAAGUCACAUAGACUGAUAUUGAUUUAUAAAACCAAAUGUUAUUUUAUAAUUUAUGACGAUAUGCUUUGCUUAGGCUACUUUCACACUUGCGGCAGAGGAAUCCAGCAAAACGUAUGCCAACUGAUUGCAUUUUAAGACUGAUCAGGAUCCUGAUCCGUCUUACAAAUGCACUGCAAGAACGGAUCCG